UCCCGGAGCCCAGCGUGCAGAGCGGGCGCUGUGUGCUUUGUUCCCGGCGCGUUGUUGCCCUGCGCGCCCCGAGAGGCCGGAGUCCUGGUGUCGCGCACGCCGGGGACGCGCGGGGGCUGAGCACCCGGUGCGAUCGCUGCAGCCGGAGCUCUGGAGCUCGUGCGCCCUGCGUAGCUUCGGGGGGGGGGGGGUCCGAGGCAGCUGCGGCUCUCGUGCGGUCCCUGCGAGGUGGGCGCAGCGGCGGCCGAGGCGGUGCGAUGCGGGGCCCGCCCGGGAGCCCGGGAAGGGAAAGCGGAAGCCGCGCGCCCUGUCGGUGACUGCGAGCACUCAGCCCCUAGUCCCUGCUGCAUCCGCGCCUGCUUUUGGCUGCCGGUCCCGCUGCACCCGGCGCGCCGUGACCAUGGCCAUCGCCCACCUGGCCACGGAGUACGUGUUCUCAGACUUCUUGCUGAAGGAGCCCACGGAACCCAAGUUCAAGGGGCUGCGGCUGGAGCUGGCGGUGGACAAGAUGGUCACGUGCAUUGCUGUGGGUCUGCCUCUGCUGCUCAUCUCGCUGGCCUUCGCCCAGGAGAUCUCCAUCGGUACCCAGAUAAGCUGCUUCUCCCCAAGUUCGUUCUCCUGGCGCCAGGCUGCCUUCGUGGAUUCAUACUGCUGGGCAGCGGUGCAGCAGAAGAGCUCCCUGCAGAGCGCGUCUGGAAACCUCCCACUGUGGCUGCACAAGUUCUUCCCCUACAUCCUACUGUUGUUUGCCAUCCUCCUGUACCUGCCCCCACUGUUCUGGCGCUUCGCAGCAGCCCCACAUCUCUGCUCAGACUUGAAGUUUAUCAUGGAAGAACUUGACAAAGUCUACAACCGCGCCAUCAAGGCUGCCAAGAGCGCUCGGGAUUUGGACCUGAGAGAUGGACCUGGACCCCCAGGAGUGAAUGAGAAUGUGGGGCAAAGUCUGUGGGAGAUAUCUGAAAGCCACUUCAAGUACCCAAUCGUGGAGCAGUACUUGAAGACAAAGAAGAACUCUAGUCAUUUAAUCAUGAAAUACGUUAGCUGCCGGCUGGUGACGUUCGUGGUUAUACUAUUAGCAUGUGUGUACUUGAGCUAUUACUUCAGCCUCUCCUCACUCUCAGACGAGUUUCUGUGCAAUAUCAAGUCGGGCGUCCUGAGAAAUGACAGCACCAUUCCCGAUCACUUCCAGUGCAAGCUCAUUGCCGUCGGCAUCUUCCAGCUGCUCAGCUUGAUUAACCUCCUUGUGUAUGCUCUGCUGGCUCCUGUGGUCAUCUACACGCUCUUCGUCCCGUUCCGGCAGAAGACAGAUGUUCUCAAAGUCUACGAAAUCCUACCUACCUUUGAUGUUCUACAUUUCAAGUCUGAAGGCUACAAUGACUUGAGCCUCUACAACCUUUUUCUGGAGGAGAACAUAAGCGAGCUCAAAUCAUACAAGUGUCUAAAGGUGCUGGAGAACAUUAAGAGCAAUGGGCAGGGCAUCGACCCCAUGCUGCUCCUGACUAACCUGGGCAUGAUUAAGAUGGACAUCAUGGAUGGAAAAGUUCCCAUGUCCUUAGAGACCAAGGGAGAGGACCAGGGGAGGCAGACAGUAGACUUCAAAGAUUUGGACCUGAGCAGUGAAACAACGGCAAACAGCGGGGAGAAGAACUCUCGCCAGAGACUUCUGAAUUCAUCUUGCUAAUGGUUUCGCUCUGGAGUUUCAAGCCUGUGGCUUCUGUGGCUGACGCACCCCUAUUGGAUCUGUAGGUGGCUUGCAGUAGAUGUUUCUGGUUUCCAUGUGGUGUGUGUCCUCUCAGUCUCUGAGAGAGACUGUGUCAGAGACUGGCCAACGGUGUCAUGAAAGGAUGGAUUAGGAACGCCCCACAAGACAAAGUAGGGAAAUGAGUAAGUGGGCGUAGUCCAAGUCCUCCCUGAAGGGCUGUUCUAGAGCCUCAGAGACACCAUUCUGGACUGAGCUUCUAGAGAGCAAGCACGUUGGGGAUACUUUGUUUGGUGAGAUAAUAAUAAACAUGCCAGGAUAUAAUUUAGUAAUA